CAUUCGGAUCCUAUUUCACAGUUGCUAUUGAUUUGUUAGGUUAUAAUCAUUGGGAAAAAUAGUACUGUAUAUACACUACAAAAUUACAUCACAGACAAUAUGUAUGGCAACAACAACAACACUAAUGAUGGUAGAAAACAAUAAAGAAAAAAAGUUUUUUGACGACUGACUGACUGCAACUGUCUAUAUGUCUAUCUAUAUGUGUGUCUAAUGUAUUUGAAAAUCAAAAAAUAGCCAAAAGAGAUGUCACUCCACUUAAACAUUUCAUUUCGAUACAAACAUUACAAUAUCUAAAUACCAUUUAAUGCAUUUCACUGUCGAUUGGUUUGCAAGAAUCACAAGAAUAAGGAUAACAACUACAACAACAACAAUAAGUAGAAAAAGUCAUGAGAUAUAAGUGUUCACAACAGCAGCCGAUGUCCUAUCAAAUCAUAAAAUACAGUCUCAUAUCAUUGCUAUCAUUGAUGAUAUUGUGCACCACUUUAGCCAUUAUUCUCGUUUGUUUGGUUUCUGUCGAUUAUAAUAACAAUCUAAAUGAUAGAUCAUUGGGUAUAAUAUUUGUAUUGACUAUAAUCACAAUAGUCUUCCUGCUGGGACUGGUGGGUGUAUCGAAAGCCCAUUUGCCAACUGUGCUAUUGUUCACGUGUGCCGAUCUGUUUCUGUUGGUCACCACAUACUACGGCAGUUACAGCACUCGCAAUGCAAAUAUGGGCGCAUUUAUCAUAUUUUUGGUCACAACAGUCCUGUCUCUAACAUAUUCACUAAUAAUUUGGCGCAAAUGUUGUCUAUCAUCUACCAGUGCCACUACUGAACGUCUUCUAAGGCCUCAUCGGCAUAACAUCUACGACUAUGAAGACUAUGACACCGAUAGCAAUAGUAAUACUACUAUUCAGCCAACGUUUCUAUCAUUUACGCCAAAUUUUAAUGACUUUAAUGGACAACAACCACAACAACAACAAUUACAACCACAAAAUGAUUGCACUUAUUGGACGGUUGAGAGCAAUGAAUGCAACAAAUUGAUUGUCGACAGAUAUGCCGUUUAAAAAAAAUUUAUAUACAAUUAU